UUAAUAAUAAGUAUAAUAAUAAUAAUAAAUAAUUAGUUAAAUUAUUAAUUAUAUUAUAAUGAUGACUUAGGCUGAGUAAUAUUAUAUUAUAUAUUAUAUAUACCAUCAGAUUAAAUAUAAGAUCACACACUGCCAGAUAAAAAAAUACACACAAAACAAAGAAACACACAAUAAAAAGUAAUAUCAGUACGGAUGUUCUCCACGCGGUUGCUGUUCUGCGCAUUUAUCGCGCAUAUUUGACGCUCUAAACGUAUCUACGUUUGUCGUCGUGCGCGUGUCCGCUGUUAUUGUUGUCACAAGUAACUCAUGCAGCUCACUCAAGAAGCUCGAAUAAUGCUCAUGUCUUCUACCUAAUGCAUUCCCAAAUUCUCCGUUUCAUACGUUUAUCUUUAUUUCCACUCGUGCGUCCGUCAGCAUUGUGCAGCUGCUCGGGAAAAAUCCCACUUUACAGCUCCGUCUCUAAUAGCGUUUACUCCCAAUACAACAGUAUGCCCAAAAAGGACAAGACGAGCAAAAGCAACCCAAAAGCACCGGAGACACCACCCGGGCCGGUUACUAAAGUUAAAGACGGGACAAUUACAAUAGCAAUACAUGCUAAACCCGGGGCCAAACAUAACGCAGUCACUGAUGUGUCUGAGGAGGCGGUGGGGGUCGCCAUCGCUGCCCCGCCGACCGACGGAGAGGCCAACGCCGAGCUCCUGAGAUACCUGGCCAAAGUCCUGGAGCUGAAGAAGAGCGAAGUAGCGUUAGAUAAGGGCUCCAAGUCCAGAGAAAAGGUUAUCAGGGUGACUGCAGCUGUCAGCCAGGAAGAAAUCCUGAAGAAACUGAGGACAGAAGCUAGUGGCUGACACUGAAGUGGAUAGCAAAGAAAAAAAAUCUGUCUUUUCUGCAUGCCACAGAGCGUGCAAUAUAACAUUUAGAUUUUGUCAAAUAAAAAGCAGUUUAAUUUUUACCCGUCAUCAGUUUUUAAUUAUUUUGUGUUUAAUGGAUACGUCACAUUUUUGUAAGGAUAAAGAAAUUCUGAUCUUUGCAUACCUUGCCAUCAUUUUAUUUUUGACUACACGCAGGAUUUGUCACAAGAUACAUAUUUUACAUUUUUGUUGUUUUCCGUAUAUUUAUCGAUUUAUUUAUUACAAAGGCACCGAGGUUCAAGAUAAUCAUCCUGCUCCUGCUUUUUUUCUCUCUCUUUUGUUUAAAGAAAUGCCUGAGGUUCAGUGACAAAUGUGUUAAUUAGAGAUCCUAAUGAGUAUAGUUAUCAGACGUUCUCUGUUAAGCUCAGAAAUCCAUCAAUGAAUAUUAAAGAUUUCCAGAGUCUCAA